AGCUUGGCUGGAGCCCAAAUGAACGUCUGAGCGCAAUUUCCGCCGCACCCUGCCUUCACCCUUCCUGCACCCUGUAGGAAACAGCCCCAGCAGCCCUCACCCGGGGCCUGCAGGACGGCAUCCACCAGCCCGGAGCGUGGCAGGACGAGCCACGACGGCUCCCGGUGCCACCCGUCCGGAGAGCCCUGCAGCACGUACAACCAUGCGUUGAGCACUGCCAAAGAGAGUGGAUGCCAAACCUGAAUUACCAGCCCAGAGAGUGGCUGUGGAUCCCGGGAGCUCCUGUGAUUUGUGGCAGGUUUUUCAGGUCCCCGCCUGUCACACACACGCAGAUACUUAAGCAGUCACCCAAAGACCUGCAGGGUUCUUGUUCUACACACUUCUGGUCUCUGACAACUCCAGUGCCUGGCCCCAUAGCCCUGCCCCGGGGAAGCGAUGGCCACGGAGAAGCCAGUGACUCCCACUGAGGAGCAGCUGGAGAUCCUGGAGUACAACUUCUGCAAGGUGAACAAGCAUCCUGACCCCACCACGCUGUGCCUCAUCGCGGCUGAGACCGGGCUCUCCGAGGAGCAGACUCUGAAAUGGUUCAAGCAGCGCCUGGCAGAGUGGAGGAAGUCUGAAGGGCUGCCCUCAGAAAGCGGGUCUGUCAGGGACUAGAGGAUGCCGCUCCAAUCCCCAUGCCUGCUGUAAAUGAUGGUGAAGCUCUACAGAGUGGGUUUCCUUGGGGUUCUUCUGUUGCAAUAGGUUUUGAGAUACAAAGUAAUACCCUGCUAUUUAACAUGUUUUAUUUAAAGUGUACAUAACCAGGAAAAAAAAAAAAUAUAUAUAUAUAUGUGUGUGUAUACAGCUUCUGAUGGCUGCAUAACCUAUGUGAUUCCCAUCCAUUAACAGUGACUGCACAGGGCAAGACAGUCUCAAGCCCUUGUCCCUGGCUUGCAGAAAAGCCCUAAUGAAAGUUUCAAACAUAGAAGGGGGGGGGGGAAAAUAUUUUCCUUAUGAUCUCCAGAGGUAAAGUAUGUAUGCUAGCUUCAAUAUACAGAUCAUCCAGAGAGGAGGGCACCUGGACAACCAGAUGGGUUGUUCAGGUGAUCUCAAUUAGCUCAAGUUGCCCAAGUCAGCUCAGGAAAUAGGCAAACCAAGUGCCUACACCAUAAUCAGACCUGAGCCCCUUGACUGCAUUUCUCACAUUUCUGUUAAAGGUCACAAAAGGGAAGAAACUGGUCUUUCUUUUUUCCAAUGCAUUAAUAAAAAAACAAAGUUUUUUGAUGAGAGGAGCCGUGUUAUGUCCCUGCUUGUGCUCCCUGCCCCAGUGGUAGAGACAGACUCCUUACUCUGUGAGGGCAACACUUCUCCAAGGCAGCCUCAGUGGACUAUGUGGAUUUUCCCUCUUGCCACAGGGAUAGGCCACAGACAUGGGCAAAUUCCUCUUCUAGGGCAUCCAUGGGUCCAUCCAUGGCAGCCCACACA